AUGGCCGGUCUGGCGGCCCUUCUGUCCCGCUCACACCAGUCAGCCAGGGAACCCCCAGGGCAGCAGAGCGCAGGCCUCUGGCGGCCUAGAACGUCCCCGGAAGUGUUUGGGCUUCAGCCUCCAGGGCAGCUGAGUGCAGACACCUGGCGGCCUAGAGAGUCGCCGCAAAGAGUUGCCAAAGGGUCUGCAUCGCGGGUGAAGGGGCUGAGGCGCUUCGGGCUGGCAGCGGUGACUGCAGCUCCCGCCCCACCGGUGUCAGGUGGUGGCCAGGCUGCUGAGCAGGGGGCUCGGAGCAGAGGGCUGGCGCCCCGGCAGGCGGCUUCGGGAGAAGGGGAGCACAGCAGAGAGAGGGCGCCCGGCCUGUGCCUGGGGCCUCCCCGGGCCUGGGACCUCUCCGGCCGCUGUGGGAAUGCGGACACUGGAGAGGGUCCCAGGGAGGCCCCGUGGGGACCAGCUGUUUCUGAGAAAACCGGAGGGCAGGGCGGCCAGGAGGAUGGUGUGUCCGGGUCGGGCAUCGCCCUGAACUCGGGCUCGGGGACCAGGCGGCCUUACCCCUGCAGCACCUGUGAGCGGAGCUUCCGGUGCUACUCCGACGCCGUCAAACACCAGAGCAUCCACUGCGGGGAGAAGCCCUACGCCUGUGGCGACUGCGGGAAAGCCUUCAUCCACAGCUCGCACGUGGUCCGCCACCAGCGGGUCCACAGCGGGGAGCGGCCCUAUGUGUGCAAGGAGUGCGGCAAGGCCUUCAGCCAGAGCUUCAACCUCAUCCGGCACCAGCGAGUUCACACCGGAGAGAGGCCCUACCAGUGCCCCGAGUGCGGCCGGACCUUCAGCCAGAGGUCGGACGCCGAGAAGCACCGGAGAAUCCACACGGGGGAGCGGCUGUACGAGUGCGGGGCCUGCGGGAAGGCCUUCGUCCACGGUUCCAACGCCGCCCGGCACCGGCGGACUCACCACGGGGAGAGCCCCUACGCCUGCAGGGAGUGCGGCCAGGCCUUCAGCCAGAGCUCCAACCUCAUCCAGCACCAGCGGGUGCACACGGGCGAGAAGCCCUUCGCCUGCCAGGAGUGCGGGCGCGCCUUCAGCCGCAGCUCCUUCCUCCGCGAGCACCGGCGCCGCGCCCUCAGCAGGCUCUACAGGCAGACCCUGAGCGGCAGCUGGAGGCACCUGCUGGGGGGGGACCGUCAGUGUGACAGCCAGCGCCUCGCCGGCCACCGUCGACCUCUGACCCGGGAGAGGCAGAGGGGCCUGUCGGGCGACUCCUGUCCCCACGGCUCCGCCCAGGACCUCCCUCCCACCAGCACCACCCGGGCAGCCCGGCGCUCGGGAGACCAGGGCCACAGAAGAGCUGCCCAGGGGCCAUAA